AAAAGUCAACUAUUUAAAAAUGAUAAUUACAAAAUCUAUAAUGUAUAAUAUAUCAUAAGUUUCUUAAAUUUUUGAGGAAACAGUAUGGGUUCUUCAACAAAUUCUCAGUCUGAGCCUUGUUCUCCAAAUCCUGAUUAUUCAGAAUCAGAGAAAAGACACAACGUUUAUUCCUUCUUAAACAAUAGAUGUUUAAAAACCUUGCCUAGGAAUUUGGAAAAAGGGUUGUUUGAUCUUUGCAAUUCAUCCUCUAAAAUAGAAUACUCUGAUUUUAUUGAAAAGAGUUGCGAUUUAAAAGACACCCAAACUGCACCGCCAAAUUUAAAUUUUGGUACUUUUCCACGCACAUCAAGUACAAGUCCCCCAAAGGUAGAUAUUAAUUAUCCAUAUGAUGAUGAAAGGGGAACAAUUAGAUCAAGAUCACAAGGAAGGAAUAGCCAAAAAACAAAUUCUACAAGAUCAAAAACAGAUAAAAAACCUAUUCAAUUACUUGUGGCACAUAAAAUAAAACCGAAAAUAUCAAACUCAUCUGUACAAGGAGUAAACUUCAACGAGGAUGCUUUAUCAGAAAGUUCACAGAAUAUAGUAAACUCUUUAGAUGAAGAAGGAAUUCUAGAUAAUUACUCUCAAAUGCAUAAUUCUGAUUUAAACAAAACAUAUUCAAAUUUUCAUGAGGCACAACAGUUACCCAUUAAGAAACAUAGCAAUUACACAAGAUGUAACAUUAUUGAUGAUGAAUCUGAGGAAACUUCAGCUAUUCAUAAAACUAGAUCAUUAUUAAGAGAGAAAUUUUUAAAAUUAUUAAUAAGUUUGUCAGGCGAAGCAGAAUGUAAAAUGCAAAUGUUUGGUGGAGUACAGUUAUAUUGCAACAUUAAAGCAUUUCAUCCCACUUUUGAUACUUUACUUGUAGAUGAAAUUCAGCCGAAUUAUUCGAAAAUGUUUAAUAAUACUAUCAUUAGAUCCAGUGAUAUAUUAUCUAUAGAAUUCUACAAUCUUAACUUACACAAUUUACUUGCUGAUAAAUAAUUCUGUAAACGUAAU